AUGCCAUCGCCAUCGACCGCUCUCCCCACAGAAGAGGAUGCGCUCCCGCUGCUCCCCUUCCAACGCUCGUUGUUGCAGCGGAUGUUGCCGCGCGCGAACGUGUCCGACGCCGGAUCAGAAUCAGAAUCAGCUGCUGCGACGACGAGUGCCGAGAGGGGGGAUGCACUGUUGUUGAUUGCGAGGGGGUUAGGGAUGAGGACCAUUGUCGCUACAAUGGUGAGCUAAGCAUCACCGGAGGAGUCUCACUGACCGCUACCACCUCGCGCGAGCUCCUCUCUCUCUAGUCAGGCCGAGCUGACCUCCGCUCGCCCGAUCAUCCCAUCCCUUCCUGGCAGCUACGCAUCUACGACACCUCGACCCAUCUCCUCCUCGUCGUCAACGCCACACCGGAGGAAGAACGAGGUCUAGCUCAAGAGACUGGCAUCCACCUCAAAUCGGUCGGGUUCGAAGUCGCCGCAGAGACGAGGUGGGCUCACCGAGUGCAGUGCCCGUCUUUUGACGUCGAAGUCCUGACCCAGACUGGCGGCCACACCACCCCGCCCGUGCCCACAGGGAAAAGAUGUACAAGCAAGGUGGCCUAUUCUCCGUCACGUCCCGUAUCUUGGUCGUCGACAUGCUCAACAACAAGAUCCCCGUCGUCCUCAUCACCGGCAUCAUCGUCCUCCAUGCCGAAACGUACGGGGCCAGCUUUUCAUUGCCGUCGCGUUCGCUCUCUUGGACGCUGAGAUCUGACGGUUCAGAUCGGCUUUCCCCCCUAACGCAGUGUCACGCCGACGUCCCUCGAGGCUUUUAUCGUCAGGAUAUACCGACGACAUAAUCGGGUCAGUCCCCAGUAUAAUUCCAGAAACAGGAUCGGGUGCCUGACCCCCCCCCCUUCUCUCUCUCUCACCCACCACCAGAUCGGCUUUCUCAAAGCCUUCUCGGACCAACCCGAACAAUUCACCUUUGGCCUCUCCCCUCUCCAAACCGUUCUGCAACAACUCAAACUACGCGAAGUCAUCAUCUGCCCUCGUUUCCACGCCGACGUCGAUCGCGACCUCCAGAAGCGCAAAGCCGAUGUCGUCGAAUUGUAUCAGCCUUUGACGGAUACGAUGUUGGAUAUACAAGGCGCCAUCAUCGAAUGCAUGGAAGCGACCCUUUCGGAGAUCAAGAGGAGUAAUACCUAUGUGAGGUUGCUGUUGACGCUAGGAUUAUCCCGCGAAUAGGCGAAUUCACAAUUGUUUUUUUUUGGGGGGUCGUCGCUCUUCACACAGCUCGAGGUGGAAGAUUUGACGGUCGAGAAUGCACUCUUUCGUUCGUUCGACGGUUUGGUCCGUUCGAGGUUGGAUCCCGUAUGGCACAAAGUUGGUAGCAGGACCAAACUGCUCGUGCAGGAUUUGACCCUGUUGAGAAAGUUGCAGGCGUGAGUGCUUCUCCCAUGCUUCGAUCGGCACCGCCGAUGUUCAUCGAAGAGCUCAUCGUGUACCAUUUUCACAGUUACCUCCUCGCCCUCGACUGCGUCUCCUUCAAUCGAUUCCUCGAAACGAUCCUCACUUCCCAAGCGUCCUCCUCCUCCCUCACCACGAACGGCAACGCCACAGCACUCGACAAGAAGGACCGAUCACCAUGGUUAUACACCACCGCAGCGGACACGAUCUUCACCGUCGCCCAGAAACGCGUCUACGUUAAAAAACCCAAGGUGGAGAACGGGAGGGAGGAGGAAAGUGUUGGUGUUGAGGGAGAGGUGAUCCCUGAUGAUUUGGGGGAAGAUGAAUGGGGGUUCGAUGAGCCUACGGAGGAAGAGGAGGAGAUGCUUCGUGCGAUCGAGAGUGGGGUCGACGUUACCAAGUUGCCUUUACCGACUCGAGAAGCGCCAACACCCCCCGCGAAGAAAAUGGCGAAUCCGGUCAGGGAGGAAGAUGAGGAGGUGCCUCUUCCAGCUGAAGCUCGCCCUAUCCCGAAUACGAGUUGGUUACCGCCGAAUAUCGAACCCGUGCUGGAGGAACAACCCAAGUGGUACUUGUUGGCGCAGGUGUUGGAGGAGAUCGAAACCGAUAUCGAGAGGAUACCUGCCGAUCCCUGUGAGUUCGCCUACUCCACCUGAAACGAUCCCUCCCCCGUCGCUCACGCCGCUGUCAACACCUUUCGCACAGUCGGUUAUUCCUCCGAUACGAUCCUCAUCAUGUGCAAUUCGUCCGAAACAUGUCAAGCGCUCGGCGACUACCUCGAAGCACGAGCCGAGGAUGCGGGAAGGAGCAAGGAUAUGUUGUUGAACAAGUUGAACGCCUACUUUUUCUGGAAAGGAGCGAUGGGCAAGAUGAACCAGACGAUCAAGAAGGAUAGGUCGCCGCAAAAGCCUUCGGCGGCUCGGUCAUCCAAUUCGAAUUCGACUGGUGGUGGAGGUGGUUCAACUCCGACACCGUAUGGGGGACCGAUCAACCAGGCUUUGAAGCGCAAGAUGGAGAUGCAACGCGGUCAAGUGCCCAGUCAAAAACGUCGGCGCGUGCGCGGAGGAGGCACCAUCAACGUCGCUGAUCGAGCUAGCUCGGUCAUGCUGACGGGUGCGAAUCCCGAGGCGUUGGAAGUGGAGGCGAACGAAGUGGCCCAGCUACUCGAUGCGAGUCAGGCGUUCGCUAAGAUUGAAGAAGGAGGGACGACACCGGCGUUCAUGCUGUCCACCCAUGGAGCAGGUGAUCUACCUCUCACUUCGGAAAUCGACCUUAAUCGCUUCGAUGAGACGUUCGGUCUCUUGGACAACGAGGAUCUCGUCCUCAUCCGACCUUAUUCCGAUGACGAUGACGACAAGGUACUUGAGGAACUGCGCCCCAAAUACGUCGUCCUGUUUGACCCCGACCCAGCGUUCGUACGACGUCUCGAAACCUAUCGGGCUCUGCAUCAAGGCCUGGCUCUGCGCGUCUAUUUCUUGACCUACAAGGAUUCGGUCGAGGAACAACGCUACCUCAGCAGUAUCCGCAAGGAAAAGGAUGCUUUUGAGCGUCUGAUCAGGGAACGAGGCUCGAUGGCGAUCCCCCACGAAGCGGAAUACCGACCCAACGACGAGGAGUACCAAUCCACCCUCCUGCGCACCACCUCCACCCGUAAAGGCGGAUCUCGAAACGCCGAAGUGACCCCAUCCAAAGUGAUCAUCGACGUGCGCGAAUUCCGCUCUUCCCUCCCCUCCCUCUUGCACGAAGGAGGUUUCGACAUCGAACCCUUGACCAUCUCGAUAGGGGACUACGUCCUCUCGCCCGAGAUGUGUGUGGAAAGGAAGAGUUUGCCGGAUUUGAUUGGCUCGUUCAAUUCGGGGAGGUUGUACCAACAGUGCGAGAUCAUGAGCGCGCACUACAAGACCCCCAUCUUGUUGAUCGAAUUCGAUGAGAAGAAGUCGUUCAACCUCGAGGUAAGGACUCUCUGAGGAGGACUGGAUGUACCCCAAGUAUCAAAAUGCUAAGUAGGGCGACGCUCGCAUUCCUCCCAGACCUACGUCGAACUGCGCCCCAAAGGCGAAUCCUUCGACUUUGACCUACGCUCCAAGCUCGUCCUCUUGACCAUCGCCUUCCCCCGCCUCAAAACGAUCUGGUCCUCCUCCCCCUACCAAACCGUCGAGAUAUUCCGCGAGCUCAAGGAGAACCGACCGGAACCGGACCCUACUCAAGCUCUCCUGAUAGGAGCCGACGACUCGACCUCGUCCCUCUCGAUCGAAGGUUCGGGUUUCUCCAUCGCGCCUCAAGAGAUCCUCCGUUCGCUCCCCGGCGUGACGACCAAGAAUUAUCGCUACGUCAUGAACCGCGUCGAUUCGGUCGAGAGUUUGUGCGAGUUGGAUUUGGGACAGAUGCAGGAAUUGAUUGGGGUCGAAGCCGGAAGGACGUUGUGGAAGUUCGUGAAUCGGAAUGUGGCGGAUGAGGAUUAG